AGCAAAAGGGGGUACUUCUCCACCCUCCUCUACUCAGUUUUUUAGGGUUUUGGGUGGGUUAACUCCAACCAUUCUUCUCUCUCUCUCUCUCUCUCAGGAGGCAUGGAUGGAGAAAUCUCUAACAUAAAGAAGUGGAUCAUAUUGUAUCCUAUUUACAUAAAUUCAAAGAAAACAAUAGCAGAGGGAAGGCGAAUAAGCACAAGCAAAGCCUGUGAAAAUCCUACUUGUGCUGAGAUUGGUGAUUGUUGCUCUCAUCUUAAACUCCCGUUUGCAAUUGAGAUUGAUAAGGCAUAUCCACGAGAUUUCAUGCAACGAGGAAGGGUGAGGGUAUUGCUGAAAAAGGAGGAUGGAACUUUCUUUAAUCCAGCCAUUUCUUCAAGGAAACAGCUAAUGCUCCGCAUAGCAGAGUUGGUACCCAGACAUCCUGGGAGGACCAAGAAACAGGAGCCUGCUGCUGCAUCGACCUCGGGUGCUGGACCUUCAAAAUCUGGGAAAGGUGGAAAAAAGAAGAGAUAGCUUCACUAGUUUGAGUUUUUCCCCGUUGUCAAUGUUAGGCUCUAAAACUUCUACAUCAAAUAUUUUUUUUUAAAACCCUCCCUGUGUUUUUGUUAGUCACCAUAUUUUUAUUUGUUUGGAAUAUUUAAAGAUACUCUUCUUCUUUUUCCCCUGAAAAGAGCAGCCGCAUUUUUGUGGGGAUAGAAAUUGUGGUCGUGAACUAGUUCAAAGGAGAAAUGCAUAAUUAAUACUUUAUAGUGCAAUUUGUAAAAUUAUCCAGUAAUCUUGGGAACAUGCUGACAUGGUACUUCCGGAUCAAUAAGAACAAUAGUCACGAGGUAAA